AUGAACCCUGCGACGGCGGCGUACGAGGCCGCCAUCGCGCACCUCGGCGAUCCCGAACGACUAUCGCUCGUCACAGGCACUCGCAACAGUGGACCUCUCUCGCCGCUCCAGAAGCUCCAGCUCAUUCUGGAUGUGCUCGACGACUUUGAUCUCACGGUCGCCUUCGUACGCGACGUGCUCACCAUUACCUUUGUCGGUAUUGCCGUCUGGCUCCACGAUCUCUUCGUCAUGCAUGGCUGGGAGCUGCUCUAG